AUGACUGAUAAUAGUAACAUACCAACAGCAAGAGUAUCAAAUAGAAAUGCAACUUCUAUUCCAAUAUUUUCUAGCCAUCGAAAUGUGUCUGGUUUAGAUUGGGCUGAGUCAUCAUGGAUACGAUGGAUUCAUGUUGCAUUUUGGUCGUGGUUAAAUCCAAUUUUAAAUAUUGGUUAUAAACGUCAACUAACUGAAAAUGAUUUAUUUGAAUUAUCAUCCAAUGAUGAAUGUGGUCAGUUAUUGAAGAAACUUGAAACAGUAUGGGAACAAAACGAAAAUAAAUAUGAAUACAUUAAUAUAUGGAAGUUAAUUGCGAAAACAUUUUGGAAAGAGUGUCUUAUAGCUGGUCUAAUUUUAUUUCCAUAUAUUGCUACUCAAAUAGCUCAACCAUUGUUCUUAAAAUACAUCGUUCGUAGUAUAAAUGACCCCAGUGUAGCUUCAUACACUGGUUAUUUAUAUGCUAUUGGACUAGGUCUGUCGACAAUGAUUCAAGCAAUUAUUCAUCAACAAUUUUUUUUUCGUACUAUACGAGUUGGUACUCAUACACGCAUUGCACUUUCAUCUAUUAUUUAUAAGAAACUAUUAUCAUUACCAGCAAGAGCAAUUAUGAAAACGACAACAGGUCAAGUUAUAAAUUUAAUUUCAAACGAUGUAAGUAAAUUUGAAGAAUUAAGCCUUAGUAUUCAUCAUAUAUGGGCAGCACCUUUGGAAGCAUUCAUUGUGUUUGGUUUAAUUUGGAAUGAAAUUGGUAUUCCGACCUUAUUUGGUUACGGUGUAUUGUUACUUUUAGUACCAUUACAAUUGUUAUUUAGCAAAAAAUUUGGAGCGUAUAGAAAAAAUACUGUUCAAUGGAGCGAUCAACGUAUUAAAGUUAUCAAUGAAAUCUUGGUUGGUUGUCAAAUAGUUAAAAUGUAUAGAUGGGAAGAAGCAUUGGAAGCUGUAAUUUAUAAUGCAAGAAAAAAUGAAUAUAGAAGUAUCCGAAAAGCAAGUCGAAUUAGAGCUAUUAAUAUGGGUAUCUUCUUUUUAUCAUUAUCAUUGAUUUCAUUAGCCACGUUUGGAGGAAGCUGGUUGAUGGAUCAAACAUUAUCUCCUACAAAUAUAUUCACAGUUUUAUCGUUAUUCAGUAUAAUACGAUAUCCUUUAACAGAUCUAUUACCUUAUGGUAUUGAGAAAUUAAGUGAAAGUAUAAUAGCUUCUAGAUCCAUCAAUCAAUUCUUGAAUUUAUCUAAACAGAUUCGUACAAAAACAUUCCGAGAAUGUUCUAACAACGACCAUCAUUAUAUACCAGGCAGUAUAAUGAUGGAUAGAGCUUCAUUUACAUGGAAUUCCACUCAAUCAGCUGAACUAAUCAACAUUGAUUUGAAUGUAAAUAGUGGUUCAUUAGUUGGUAUUAUAGGACCAACUGGAUCAUCUAAAUCAUCUCUUUUGGCAGCUAUACUCGGUGAAAUGUCUCUUCUUAAUGGUAAUAGUAAAGUAUGUGGUAAAAUAGCAUAUGUAUCUCAAACUCCAUGGAUGUUUGCUGGUACAAUACGUGAAAAUAUAUUAUUUUGUAAAGUCUUUGAUCAAGAGAAAUAUGAACGAGUGUUAAAAUCAUGCCAGUUAAUUGCUGAUUUACGGUCAUUUACGGCUGGUGAUUCAACAGUAAUUAGUGAAAAAGGUGUAAAUUUGAGUGGAGGACAAAAAGCUCGUCUAUCGCUUGCACGAGCUUUAUACACUGAAGCUGAUAUUUAUUUAUUUGAUGAUCCACUAGCAGCAGUUGAUCCUAUUGUUGCCAGAAAAAUUUUUAAAGAAUGUAUUGGUAAUGAAGGAAUUUUAAAUAAAAAAACACGAUUGUUAGUCACACAUCAAAUGCAAUUUUUACCGGAAUUUGAUCAUUGUAUUCUAUUAGAUCAUGGUAAAAUAGAAAAGCAAGGAUCAUUUAAUAACUUAUUAACAAUAGAUAAAAUAAAAGAAUCCUAUGAAAAUCAACAAUACCAUGCCCAUGAAAUAAGAGAAAUUAAGCAACAAAAUGAUGUUAAUGUGUAUGUUUCUACUAAUCAAUCCAAAAGUAUAGAUGAAAUGAGUAUUGUCGAUGAAGAAACAUCUGUUGGUGGAACAGUUAGUAUCAAUAUUUUGUUGAAACUAUUUAUUUCAAGCAAUGGUUGGAUUGGAUUAUUUCUAUUAAUAUUUUUAAUGUUAUUGGGCGAAAUUGUUUAUGAUGCAACGAAUAAAUGGUUAAGUUUAUGGUCAUCAAAAUUGGAAAUAGAGCAACGUAAAAAGCAUUAUCCAUAUGUAUAUUUAGGAUUAGUAGUCGGUACAAUGAUCAUUGCAUUGAUUCGUGCUGAUUAUUUUUUUCAUUUGAUAUUAUCUGGCGCAUCUGUAUUGCAUAACAAAAUGCUUCAAGGUGUUUUAUACAGUACACUAAGAUUUUAUGAAUCUAAUCCAAUUGGUCGUAUAUUAAAUAGAUUUAGCAAAGAUCAACAAGUUAUUGAUGAAUUAUUACCAACAACAUUUUUUGAUACAAUUCAAUCAUUAAUAAUGGUAUUAGGUAGUAUUGUUAUUAUUGGUAUGGGAAAUCCAUGGGUUUUAUUAAUAUUAAUACCUAUUAUUCCAAUACUUUUAUGGUUAAGACGAUUUUAUUUGAGAACGAGUAGGCAUCUUAAACAAUUAGAAAGUAUAACAAGAAGUCCUAUAUACGCAUUAUUUUCUUCAUCAUUAAGUGGAUUAAUUACAAUCAGAGCGUUUAAUAUGGAAAAUGAUUUCGUAAAUUUAUUUAUCAAUAAAGUUAAUGCAAAUUUGCGUGCAUUUUUUAUAUUCCAUUGUUCAGGUAGAUGGUUUGGAUUAAGAUUAGAUCUAUUGACUUGUUGCUUAACAUUUUUAACAGCAAUUUUAUCUAUUACUUUACGUACAAAUAUGGAUUCAUCAUCUGUAGCAUUAGGUCUAUCAUAUUGUAUAAGUUUAACUGCUCUUUUUCAAUGGGGAGUACGACAAUCAGCUGAAACUGAAAACUAUAUGACUAGUGCUGAAAGAAUUGAUGAAUAUUCUCGUAUUGCUGCAGAAUCAGAAUUUUAUAAAGGACAAUCUGAACCACCAAUUAAUUGGCCAUUAGAGGGAAAAAUUGAAUUUCAAAAUUAUAAAUUAAGAUAUAGUCUAGAACUUGAACCUGUUUUAAAAGGUAUAAAUUUAACAAUUGCUCCAAAAAAUAAAAUCGGUAUUAUGGGACGUACAGGAGCUGGUAAAUCAUCGAUUUUCCAAGCACUGUUUCGAUUAACUGAUAAAUCAGUAACAGAGGGAAAAAUUUUAAUUGAUGGAAUUGAUAUAAGUACAAUUAGUUUAAAUGACUUAAGGUCAAUUUUAAAUAUUAUUCCACAGUCUCCCAUAUUAUUCAGUAAUACACUUCGAUAUAAUCUGGAUCCAUUCAAUUGUUAUACUGAUGAACAACUAUGGAAUGUAUUAGAAUCUGUUCAAUUGAAAACAAAAAUUAGCAAUUUAAAAGAUAAAUUAAAUAUACAAAUAGCAGAAUAUGGAACCAAUUUUAGCGUUGGAGAAUGUCAAUUGAUAUGCAUAGCACGGGCAAUUCUAAAACAGAGUAAAAUUUUACUUAUUGAUGAAGCAACAGCACAUAUUGAUACUAAGACUGAUGAAUUAAUUCAAAAAAUUCUGCGUGAAAAAUUUAUUAAUCAAACUGUAUUAACAAUUGCACAUCGUUUAAAUACAAUUAUGGAUAGUGAUCAAAUUAUUGUUAUCAAUGCUGGUAUUGUUGAACAAUAUCAGACACCAAUACAAUCAUUAAAUAAUGAACAGAGACAGCGUGCUGAUAUCAACAAUGACAAUAAAUUAGCGCCCAUUUCAAUAUAA